AUGACAGCUCACCCAAAGGCUCUGCGUAAAUGUCACAAGGAGAGAGCUUCUACGCCACCAAAGCUGAUCCACAAUAAUAAUCCCCAGCUGGAGAACAAACAGCAUCUGGGCGAGGAGAGAAAGGAGCGGGAGAAGUCUCAGCAGGGAGAGCGGCAGAUGGUUACACUGCAGCAGCACUUCUCCAGCAUGGAGGAGACGGUGCGAACACUUCUACAGAACCAGGACUCACUGGAGGGGCCCAAAGUGGACCCGCUGGACCUCAUGAAAGCUUACAAGGAUAAACUCCUGGAGGAGAUGUGGAAGCAGCAGGACAGUCUGGAGGGUCCCCCAGCCACAGCAACAGAGAUGGCUGCCUCCUCGCCGGAGGCUGGCGGAGGGUCGGAGGAAGACUCAAAGGAAAGCAAUCCUCUGCUCGAGCGACUCCGAGCCCUGGAGGCGGAGAACUCUGCUCUGUCGAUAGAGAAUGACAAUCAGAGGAAGCAGUAUGAACGCUGUCUGGACGAGGUGGCCAACCAGGUGGUCCAGGCCCUCCUCACACAGAAGGACCUGAAAGAGGAGUGUGUGAAGCUGCGGACUCGUGUGUUUGACUUGGAGCAGCAGAACCGCAUACUGAGUGUGCUGUUUCAACAACGUGUCAAAAUGUCCACGAAUCCCGUCUCCCAAGAGGUCCAAAGGAAUGGAAAGGCUGGUAUCCCUGCAGGAAGGUGGCCCAGCCUGCUGAGUCUCACAUGCCCUCGCAGCAGUGGCAGCGGCAGUGGCAGUGAGCUGUCAUUAUCCAGUGCUUGCAGUGAGUACUCCAGUGGCUCCCACACUUGGGCAGAGGGACGUGGAUUCUCCAAGCAGUGUGCAAGCCGGGACAAACGGAUGAGUACGGGUUCAGUGUCCAGCAAUAAUUCAGCACCCAUGGAGCAGACAGAACUGGGGUGGAAGGAAGGACACAUACUGAAAGGUCUGAAGCGUCUCCAAACGAGCUCUAAAGAGGCCUCGAUUGCACCGGUACCACACUGCAAAGACUGCAUGACUUUCAACGAGGGUAUAUACUCACUAGGUGUAAAGUGUGGCCAACAAGGGAGCACAACCAAACAGGUACCUCCUACCAGCACACCUGUCAAAGCCGGAGUGGGGAUCGCCCUGGACUCUGAUUAUGCUGAGGAUGAUUCACCUAAAAUACAAAGAACUGAAUCCACUGAAACAAAAGAGCUUCUUUCCUUGGAGAAGUUGGAAGUCACAAGAGAUGAUGACAACAAUUUUCAAGAAGAUCCCAUAAAACUUGCAAGGGAUUCUGGUCUUUUCCCCUCGCCUGUUGCAGACAACUUCUUCUUUUUGGAAGGCCCAACAGUUAAACCUGGUGUGAGCCCGACAGAGAGCCUCACACACCUGGAGGAUAAAAAGGACUCACUUGAUAAACACAAGUCUUCAAGCCUGAAGUUAAGUGACAAAAACAAUAACCAGGAGAGGUCUACUGACCGUAAAUCCAGGCUUGAUCAGGUCAAGAGACAAGAGGGCAGAUUUUCAGCCAAGCAGGCCGAAGCAGGUACUAGCGAUCUGAGUUCAACCAUUCAGAAUUGUGCAACAAGAGCUCUGAGCUGCAUGAGUGCAGCCAGACAGCGCAGCUCCUCCAUGGAGGUUCCUCACUGCAGGGAUCAGGCGAUUCAAGCAGGAGGUGAAAACCAGAAUCACACAAUCUCAGAAUCUCCUCAGAGGAAGCUCAAACAUCAGCCUUGUGACUCAGCAAGAAAAGCUUUCAUUCUGCGGAGCAAGAGUGCAGACGCAGGACAGGAGCAACCCAAGCACACACAUUCUCCUCUCCACCAAAAGCUUAUCAAGGGUCACAGGCCCAAAGGACAGUCAAACGCACCUGUGCACAGUGUCCCCAGCAAAAGGUCGACUCUCAGUAAAACACAUGGAUCCAGCAAGGGAGCUCUUCCUAAAGCUGAGAAAGAUGAGGACAUAUCAUUAUCAGCAAGUUCCAAGUCUCUGAAGAGUGUGCAGCAGUGCUCUCCCCUUGCUUCUCCUGUAAAACAUUCAAAGAUAUUCAAACCUCCAGGAAUCAAUGAAUGCUCCAAGAGCCCAACCAAACUACCUUUACAAGUGACCAGACCUCAAUCAAGCAACGACGCCACAGAAGAAGGCAUCUAUGACAACUUGCCGUGCUCUCCGCGAAAACAACGCCGCCAAGACCAGCAAUGUGAUGUUUCUCGUCCAGAGCCAAGGUCCCCGUCUCCACCGCUACCUCCCGGUCGAACUACUUCUCUGGUUCUCAGACCUGGUUGUGACAGCUUACCCACAGCACACACAUCUGCAGGACAGAUUCAAAGCUCUACUACUGAGAAGACAUCAAGCAGCACCAAGCUACAAUCAAAUCCGUUUCCUUCUACUCUUCAGCCUCAAAAAUUCAAUGAAAAUCUACAUGGCCCAGAAAUGGGUGCUGAAAGUCUACCACUGAAAGAUGUCUCUGCAAAGGGUUACCACACCGGCUCCGCUAAGAUACAAGUUCCAGUUCAAGAGUCACAAGCUCCAGAGUCAGUCCAGUCAACUAUGGACAGAUGUGUUACUUGUCACUAUGAAAAUGGUCCUCCCCUGCCGAGUCAGAGCAUCCUACAGAGAUCCCAGCAGAGCAUCAGUGAGCCUAAGCUUUCAGAAGUCCUGCCUCAGGCCUAUUCUAAUGUUUACUACCAUGGGAUUGUGAAUAAUCUUCAGAGCUCCACCUCCAGAGCUGUAAAAAUGGCUCAUCCAGGAAAUGCAAAAUCUCAUGAGGUGAUCCCAGGACAAGACAGCAACACCUUUCUUCUUUUUGGAAGACAGAGCAAAGAUGAUUCACACCCUGCUCCAAAAAGUAUCCAGACCUUCCAGACUUUCACGUGUGAUCCUCAGAUGAUGCACGACUGUGGCCCUCAUGACAAAGCCCGCAGAAAGAUUGAGACCCGCUGUAACUCGCUGGACUCUGAGCCCCCAGUUCAGCCUGUCCCGUCAGACAGUGGUGUGAUGUUAGAUUGGGGAUUUGAUGAGGAAGGCUGGCUGUUCAAACGCUCUGUGUCUGUGUCAACCAGGCCUCCUCUGAAGCCAGUGAUGGGCAUGAACGGGGCCAAGGCUCGUAGUCAGAGCUUUGGUGCUCGCUACAUGGACAGACCGAGCUUCAACAGAUCUGGAAAGGUCCGCACCCAGAUCAAAACCCACUCAGGGAGCUCCUUGAACUCUCUCAAUGAUGUCCUUCCUGGAAGUAUGAGUUGCUCCAGUAGCUACCAUUGCCCAAUGAACCGAUCCCUUCUGAACAACUUCCUGAUUGAAGAGGGUCUGGUGGUUCCCUCACAUUUGGGGUCCUCUAGCGAAAGACUACAAAGUCUUAAACUCCAGCGAGAACAAGCCAGGCGCCUUCAGAUUGAGCAACAGUUUUCAAGCGCCUUCGGUGAGCCAGUUUCUGAAGAGCCAGAGAGACAGAGCACCAUAACCACAAUCGAAGAGAAAGUGAUGCUGGGAAUAGAGGAGAACUUGCACAAGUCUCAGGAACAGGAGAGAAGCGUUGAAGUGAAGCAAAAGUCUGGGUCAAGCUUAGCUAAUUGGUUUGGUUUUCGUAAGAGCAAGCUUCCUGCUCCAAGCAGCAAAAAGACGGAACCACCAAAAGUGAAGGAGGAAAAGAGAGAGCAGAAGAUUACAUCACUUCUUGGAGGAAAGCAGACGAAGUCAGACAAAAAGAGGGACAGAAGAAAAAGUGAUGGAAAAGACUGCUCUGUGGGGAGACGAGAGUCUCAUGAUGCAGUGCGGGCGUGCAUCUCAAUGCCCUGUCCAGGAAUUUCCCUGAGUGAGAUGCAAGGACACACUGAAGCUAUCGGAGACCCUAAGAUGCAGAUGAUGAACCUGAGAGCUGAUGGAGAAAAUGGAUCCACUGUGAAGACACCCAACCAGGAGGCUGUAAUAGGCUCCGGCUGCAAGAUGCGAACGUUGGACAGUGGAAUUGGGACCAUCCCCCUUCCUGAAUCCUGUUCCUUCUUCUCCUCCAUCCUGCACUUCCUUCCUAAAUCCUCCUCUACCCCAGAGCCGUCCCUCAGUCCUCCCAGUGUUCCCGGUUCCUCCAGCGAGGACGUGUCUCCUUCCCCGUUACCCCGGUGGAGAAUCCCCUCCAGCUUUAAGGACAGCAGCCUCACAGGGGUGCCGAGCUCCCUGUCCGACUCCUCUGUGACCCAUAUCCAGUCAGUGCCUUUCCCCACUGUGGCCUUCCUUCAGCCCAUUCAACCCCAGUGUGAACCCUUCAUGACCUCUGCCAGUGUGUGUGAGACCCAGAACAGGCUGCCCAGACCACCACCAGGAGCAAUGGAACCAAAGAAAAUGACGUACAUCAAGUCAAAAACACGAGCCCCGCCGAGCCAACAGAAGGAACAAACAAGACUUCAGCUUGCCAACUAGUCCGUGAAGCUGAAUGAGUCGACCUGAAGCAGAGAGCUGGGCGAUCAGCUGGAUUUAUCAUUCGCACACACACGGAGGAUCCCUAAAUCCCACAGUUUGGACACUUUGUUGCUCUAUCAGGAUGAAAUACUCACCACUGGACACUUUGUGAGUUUGGCACUGUUGGCUUCCACCUGUGCUCAGUGAAGGGCUGAGAAACUGAGUUUACUUUCAGGUGUUGUCAUGAAGCUGCUGGCGGCCAUUUUGGAGGUUUGCAGUGUGUUGGCAUCAGCUGUGAGCAGCUGAUUAAUGUCUAAAUGUAGCAGCUCUGCCAUCUCUGGACUGGAGUUAAAAACACACAUGGCAUGUCUCUCCAUGUGUCCACUUUGGAGGAGUAGCAGUCGAACUAACAGGACGGAUUAUUUUGGCUCAGUAAUAACAGGUUAGCUGCUGUAGCACGGUCAAGGCUACCUGCAUUCUUCAUGAUCUCACACAAGAACGCCUGUACUGCUCCCUUUAGUCUGAGAUAGUGUGGCCAGCAGUCUUACUUUUACAUUGUUAUAACAUUACUGCAAGCAAAGCUAACUGCUACAGUCAAACUAACUGCUUCAGUCAAGCGAGCAAUACACGUUGAGCACAGAGCAGAGCGAACGACUGCAGUGAACUGCUGCCAUCUUUACAAAGACGUUCCUCACAGUGACGUUGCAAACUUGACUCCUUUAACAACAUUCACAGACAUCUCUUACUUUUAUUUUGGCUUGUACCUGUAACAGGAUAUAAAGGGUGCGUGGAUUACUCAGAUUUAUCAACCAGAUGACAAAUCCUUCACUGCACAGACCUGCAAAGUGAAACCACUGAGUUUGUUUUCUUCACAGCUGCAGCAUGACUAAAGUGAUUCUGGUUUUGUUUAUGAAAUAAGAAUCACAAAAUAUGGAAAAAUCUUGGUCCUGUCCUGGAAAAAGUUGUAAGAUUGAGUCAAUGGAAGACAGGUUAAACUAUUUAACUACAAUCCUGAAGCAUGAGACUCAACCUCUCCUCUCCAAUGCCAAACCACCAUUCUGUAAUCCAACCACCCAGGCAGCAUAAUAACAAUGUAUGCUGUCACACAACCUCUGCAUUGACACAAAAUGUUACUAGUGAAUGUAAUUGAUGUAUUCGUCAAUGUGGCCACUUAAAGGAGACAGAGUCCUGUUAUGUUUCUGGUCACUUCACUAAUCCAGUAUUUAAUCUUUCUUUAUCUCUCUUUUAAUGAGACUGUCUGCACAAAACCCCCGCUAUGUUGAUCAUUUGUGCCGUUACAACAAGAAGAAAAAGAUGAAGUCAGGCAACGUCACAUGGGGGUAUGUUUUUUGCUCAAACAAUCACACGACAGUCACUCAUGAGACCAGAACCACAAAGACUCCACAUGCUGUUAUUGAAGGGAAGCAAUCAUGCAACCUAUGUGGUUUUAUCUUGUAGGCCAAGUUGUUCAAAGGUAAUCUGGAUUAAAACGAUACAACUUUUAAAUGCUUUAUUUUUUUAAACACAGGAUCAGGUGACCCAGUUUAUUUUUGUACCAUCUUUCCAGAAACAUCAGAUCGAAUUCACCCAAUCCAAAUACAGAUUAUUUUUACUAAAUCAGGAUUACUAGUGCUCCAAAUGAGACUUUGCAUUACAUAAUGUGUCCACAGGGGGCGCCAAAACCCACAGAAACGGAAAAUCCCACUCAGCUGCUACAAUUAAAUAUUUAAUAUUUGACAUUAAGAGCUAUUCGAUUCAAUAUUUAUGGGGACAAAGUCAUAUUUUUUAUUCAACAGCCUUAAUGUCUACUUGCAAUAAAACAUUCUGGUGUAAAAUACAUAUUUUUGAAACGUAUAAAUCAUUAUCUUUAUGACAAAUAUUGCAAUGUUUCUCCACUUUAAUAUUUUCGUACAUUUAGUUUUGUUGAUGUUUUGGUUUAAGUUAUUCUAAUCCCAUUCCAAAGUUUUAUUAACCAAGACUGGAUUACCUGAUCCAACAUGGUUAUCCUUAUCCCCUUUACUCAACUCAAUUCAAAAAUAAUUUCAAUCCGGUUUCCUUUGAACAACUGGGCCUGGGUCUCAUCCUGGGAUAAGAAACUCUGUGGAACUUUAGCUUUCUAGCUCCUCAACUCUGUGGACCAGCCCAAAGUAGUUUUGUCAUUUGGUGAGGGGCAGUGAAAGCAUGCUGUGCAUUUGUGUGUCUGUUCAGCCAACCAAGCCAGAAGUUGCUAAUCUGUGUAAGUGAAAUUGAUUUAAGAAUCAAAACUGUAGUAACAUUUAAAUAACUUUGCACAAGAACAAAGCUUUUCAGCUGUGGUCACAUUUGAAGAAUGAUGAAUGAAAAUCCUGCUGAGCAAACAUUAUGUAACCUGCAAACACGAGCUGUGAGUGAACAUUUAACUCUGCUUUGAUUUCAUAACUCAACUACAACACGCUGAAAACUCACACUAAACUUUAUAAACUAAGGACUCUCAUCCUGAGGACGUUUUAUGUACAGCACUUACUGAUUGCCAUUCAUGAGCUCUAUACCUGACUGAGUAAUGUGAUCUUUUUAAGUGUGCACUAUCUUCUUUUGUUAAUCGUCACAAUGUUAAUAAUAUUAACUUGCAUGCUAACACCCUAUGACUUAUUCUUAACACAGAAAUGCAUCAUGUGAAACGUUUUUCAAUAAUGUGGAGAGUUUCAUUACAGGAGGAAUAUUACAUGACGAGCAUGCUGCACACAUUCUGACUUUCAGCAGAGCUAAUAUUUCACUGUCACUGUAUUUUUGACUCAUAUCUCUUCUUGUAAUGAAACUCUUUGUGUUUUACUCGCAGUCCACAUUUUCUAUCCCACAGUUAUGACAUCAAGACAAAGCAGUGAGUUUUGCAUGUAACCUUAGUUGAAGCACCCAGUAGGCACAGUGUAGACAUUGUUGUGCUAGCUCAGGGAAAAUGCCAUUUACUGUCUCUGAUAGACGCUGUGGAUUCAAUACAUAAACCUCAACUCAAAAGCAUUUCACUUCACCAGAUUUCUCUGUAGCUGUUUUAGGAUAUUACCUGAACUCAAUACUUUCCUCUGUCAGCUUUUGUCUGUACAUUUUCCUGUAGAAUAUCUCACCCCGGUCACUCAGUUACUCUCUGAAUAAUGUAUGCUGUGUCCUUCGUAGAGCUGUUUUCAGUGUUUCUUGAAUGCAUCCUGACAUGUUUGACAGUUUUAGCUUCUUUGCGAUGUUUUGACCCCUCACACCUUUGUCAGCUUCCGCCUUUCAUGUGUAGAUAUUUGCCAAAACGCAUAUUGCCAAACACUGCUCUGAGCUAAUUACACAUAUACAGAAAAUGGAUGCAACUAAACCUACAUAUCAAACUAUAGCCAUAUUCUUUGCAACAUUAGAGACAGUUUCACCUGAUGUAGAGUACUGUAAAGUUGCACAACAUCAUCCUUCAUGUCAUCUUACUGUAUUUACCUCCUCUUCAACUCACUUGCUACAUGUGUAUGUUGAAAGUAAUGUUUGUAAAACUAGAGCGGCGUUCCUGCCGACAGCAACACGCAGGGGAACUAAAUGUGAAUAUGUAGCGCGCAACAAGUGAGGCGAGGUGUUUAUGGAUCAGGGAACAGACUGGCUGUAUCGAUACGGGUAGAUGGAGCAUGGUGUCUGUGUUUAAAAAAAAGAGCUCACAUAACAGAAGAGCGUCACUCUCACAAGAGUAUUGUAUUUUUUUAACAUUUACUCUAACGCCCUGUAUUUGUACUCUGCACUGAUGAGUGUAAUUUACCAUUUAUUGCACAUAUUCUUACUCACUCUUACAGUAAUGCUCCUUCUUAAUGUUUUUUAUUUCAGAACCCAAUAACAGUGAUGUUUUUGUGUGACAGUCACCUUAGCAGUACAAACUGAGAGUUGUAUAUUACUGAUAUUCUUUGUUUUAUGUAAAAGAAGAAGGAAAAAUAAACUAUUUCAAUACUUA